UCCCGAGUUUGCAGAAAAAGAAAAGCAAAAGGCUGCAAAAUGGAGUGAUGGGACAGCGAGCACUUGAAAAUGUUUUCAAGUUGCCUAGAUCAAGUGGGUGAUGUUCUUUAUCCACUGCUUUUCAUAUGCACAGACCAGGAACAUCGAUGGAAAACCGCGGCGUGCCUAGGUCUGCUACUGCUGGUUCUAACCCUCGCUUGGUUACUGCGCAAAUGGCGAUCAGAGGAUCAAGACUGCUCUGGACUAGAUUCAGAUCUUCAGAAAUAUAUGAAGCACAUCGAGACUUUGAGCACGAGCUGCUUGAACGACACCGAACAGCUACUGGAGGAGAUCACAGCACAGAUUAUGAAGUCUUCGGGAAGACAGGAGAGCAGCAAGCAUAAUGCCUGUUCUAGUCCACCGAUGGUUUCAGGGAAGUCUGAUUUGGUGGAAACGUCCAGUGACAAGAGUACAGAGACAGACUACAUGUUCUCACAACACGACCUCCCAAGAUGUGAAAGUGUAGGGGUGACUCCUGAGCCAGGUUUGUGUGUGCCAGGCAACUCUACCAGCGCAAUGACAGCAAAUUCUCCAUCAACCACCAUGUCUGGUGCAGUAAGUGACCUCAGUCUGCCUGAUAAGAAACCUGAACAAACAAUCGUCACCGUCAGUAAGCCAAGACCAACUUCCAAGAGAGGAUUGGAAAUCAGGCAACCAAGGCUACUGUGGAAACGUGCCAUAUUACGUGUUCGAAUUGUAGCCAUGCUGCUCCCAACUAGAUUAAAACAGAAAAACGGCAAACAACAGGAAAAUACCCUAAAGGAAAAUAUGCGUUGCCCUGGCACAGAUGAUGGCCUUCUCGAUAGCCCCAACAGUUUUCAACUCAGACGAGCGAUGUUUGAGAAACGUUUUGAAAAGAAUAAAUCUCCCAACAAAUUAUGCAAGCCUAUUCGAUCUCAGCUUGCUGGGCAGACUAAAACUGAAGUGAAACUAAAAAAUGAACAGACCACUGCAACAUCCCCCACUGAUGGACCACUGGCUGCUCACAGUAAGGAGACAAAAGCCACCCUGGACAGCUCUUCCAAACACAAAGUUGAGAGCAUCACUUCUUUGGCAAGUAGUGAACAGGAGUCCAACGAAGACAAAAUACCUGUGGUAAAAGCACUGCUGCAUUCAAAGUGCGAGACAAAAUCGGUGCGAAAACAGGACAAUCAUCCACAGCCAGCAGUACCGCAGACUUCAAACAUGGACAUCCACCAUCUAUCACCACAAGGUAGCGGGGAUAGAGGUGUUGUUGUUGACAGUAGAUCCCAUCUUUCUGUUGUAGAGCAACUUCAAGAAAACAAUGUCCAGACACUCAGGGAGGUGGAACCAGUUACCCUGGUAGCUUAUGAGCAGAGCCAGGGAUCAGAAAUGGCUGAUAUGAAAGACAAUAGCCCUCGGGGGGACCAUUCCAGAGCCCAUAGCCCAGGGAGAACACGGGAAGCUGGCAAACACAUAGCUGAUGGGAUUGCCGCUCAGGGAGACAUUAGUGCAGAAAUGACAGACAGGAAAGAGUGUCACGAUAUUGCACAGAGUCAACAGCAAACUUCAUCCGCACUGUCAGCGAAGGUGCCACCUCCAGCUAAGAAGAGUGCCAGUGAACCAAAUAUGCGUACCAUCGCCCCAACAGAGAUAGAAGCAGAGGGCUUGGACAUCUCCUUUCUGUCGUUGGGGGAUGUUGUUGUAGACGAUACCUCGCUUCUUAAUUCAGAAGAGGAACCAGCACUACUGGAAGACACUGAGGAUCAAAGACAGACAAAAUCCAAGUUGGACUUACAUGUCAAGCACAAGAUGCUGUAUAGGAUCUUGGGCCUUCCUAGUGUAGUGCAGAGAUCUUUAGAUGCUGCUGGUGAUGUCACUGGAGAAUUAUCAUUCAUAGAGACAGAUUCAGAAAAGCUUCCAGGUCCAUAUGAAGGCAACAUGGGUACCAUACCUCGACCGGCAAAGAAAAAAUUGAACUUUUCAAAACGGAUCAUGAAAUCACUGAAAAUUUCCCGCCACAAUUCAAACAAGACCUUGAACCGAGCACCUGAGAAUCCAUCUUCAAAGGACAGUCACAAAGAUGGGGAUGGAGAGGAUAUGAUGCUUGUCUAAAAUAUAAUUUUGAAUUAAAGGCAUUUAUUUUUUCAAUAAAUGUUGAUGCAAAUAUA